GAGUGAGCUAAAGCCGAGUGUGAAGAAGAUCUCAGAGUCGCAUCAGCUGCAGUGGCACACACACCGCAUCCUUCCAGCAUCACACACACACACAGCUGAGCACCAUGAGGGAGAUCGUUCACAUCCAGGCCGGACAGUGCGGCAACCAGAUCGGGGCCAAGUUCUGGGAGGUGAUCAGUGAUGAACACGGCAUUGAUCCCACUGGCAGUUAUCAAGGUGACAGUGAACUGCAGCUGGAGAGGAUAAGUGUGUAUUACAACGAGGCGUCUGGAAACAAAUAUGUCCCUCGUGCCAUCCUGGUGGACCUGGAGCCCGGCACUAUGGACUCGGUCCGCUCUGGCCCAUUUGGACAAAUCUUCAGGCCAGAUAAUUUUGUGUUUGGUCAAAGCGGAGCUGGGAACAACUGGGCCAAAGGCCACUACACAGAGGGAGCGGAGCUGGUGGACUCAGUGCUGGACGUGGUGAGGAAGGAGUCGGAGAACUGCGACUGCCUGCAGGGCUUCCAGCUCACGCACUCCCUGGGGGGGGGCACCGGCUCCGGCAUGGGCACUCUCCUCAUCAGCAAGAUCCGCGAGGAGUAUCCCGACCGGAUCAUGAACACUUUCAGCGUCAUGCCUUCCCCCAAAGUGUCCGACACAGUGGUGGAGCCCUACAACGCCACACUCUCCGUGCAUCAGCUAGUGGAGAACACCGACGAGACCUUCUGCAUCGACAACGAAGCGCUCUACGAUAUUUGCUUUCGCACUCUUAAACUCACCACUCCUACUUACGGCGACCUGAACCACCUUGUUUCGGCGACCAUGAGCGGGGUCACCACUUGCCUGCGAUUCCCCGGUCAACUCAACGCCGACUUGCGCAAGUUGGCCGUCAACAUGGUGCCCUUCCCUCGCCUCCACUUCUUCAUGCCUGGUUUCGCUCCUCUGACGAGUCGUGGAAGCCAGCAGUACCGUGCCCUUUCAGUGCCAGAGCUCACGCAGCAGAUGUUCGACGCCAAGAACAUGAUGGCGGCCUGCGACCCGCGCCACGGACGAUACCUCACGGUCGCCGCCAUCUUCCGUGGACGCAUGUCCAUGAAGGAGGUGGACGAGCAGAUGCUGAGCGUUCAGAACAAGAACAGUAGCUACUUCGUGGAAUGGAUCCCCAACAACGUCAAGACCGCGGUCUGCGACAUCCCGCCACGCGGGCUCAAGAUGUCCGCCACAUUCAUCGGCAACAGCACGGCCAUUCAGGAGCUGUUCCGCAGGAUUUCAGAGCAGUUCACCGCCAUGUUCAGACGCAAGGCUUUCCUGCACUGGUACACCGGCGAGGGAAUGGACGAGAUGGAGUUCACCGAGGCCGAGAGCAACAUGAACGACCUGGUCUCCGAGUACCAGCAGUACCAAGACGCCACUGCGGAUGAGGUGGGCGAGUAUGAGGAGGACGAUCUCGAAGAGGAGGAGGACGCUCGUCAUUGAGUCAGCUCCCGAGGAAGAUGGCGUCCAGUAACGGGUGGAACUCGAUCUAGUCCGGCUGAACCGAAUCAAGUUUAGGGUGUGGCUGGACCUUCAAGCUCCUCCCCUUAUGUCCAGAGAGAGGGAUCUGGACGUCAUUGGCUCUCCUCUCCAAACAGCUGAUAGUCAUGUAGUUUUCAAUACCUUUGCAUCUAGUUUAUCUUAAAAAUGUCCAUAGCAAUGCAAACAGUGCCGCUACACCAUAGUUCAAAAGGUGCUACAGUGUUUAAUCGAUGUUCAGAAAAGAUACGAGUGAACAGCGAUCAGUCCAUCUUAGGUAAACUUACGAUAUGUUUUGUAACAUGCGCUUUCGAACUGCAGUUGCCAUGCUAAAAAUAAAAUAAAAUGGUCACUUUACUGGUCAAA